CUAUCCGCUUCUGAGUGGCGCACCGACUUGGAAUACCUCAGUCGAUACCCCAAUGUGUUUUGCAAGCUUACUCCCACUUCUGGCAAGAUAGUCACGAGUAAGCCGGCCAAAAAAUCCUCGUCAGCCAAUCCUGAGGGUGACUCCCAGACGGCCGCUAGCGAAAACAACUCAGCGGUUAUGGAAUGGAAUCCAGCCUCAGUCAUUUCGCACACUGCAUCCUGCUUUGGACCAGACCGCUGUCUCUUCGGUUCCGGCUGGCCCAUCUGCCGCGUCGUCGCACCAUCCCAGACGGGCUGGGAGGACUGUGGUACGGGCGGUUUCAUGGUCUCAUCCAAACCAUCAAAACGCCCUCCUAUCGGACGCGGCGUCACGGCAGCAAGGAAUCAGAUGAGUUUAUGGGAGUCUUGUCGAUUAGUUGAGCACUGCUUGGAGGAGGUCGGUUUUGGCGCCAUUGAAGACAAGCGCAAGGUCUUCGCUUCAAACGCUCAAUCUGCAGCUGGACAGCGUGUACGUGCACUCACGAGGGAUGAACUGCCUGCCGACUUCUUCACAGUUUCUCGGGAGGACCUGCGUCGGCUAAUAGAACAACAGCAAAAGGCUCAGGAGGAGAGCGGAAUGCUCUUGACUAAAGCCAUGCGAGAGCGACUGAAGACCCGGGAGCGCCGUCUCUACCGUUUCGUCCUUAUACGCAUUCGCCUACCAGGCGAAUUGGUUCUGCAGGGCACAUUCCAGGCGUCAGAGACACUGGACGACGUUCGCAACUGGGUCGCAGAAUGUCUAGACAAUCAGGCUGUUGUUUUCAAGCUCUGGUCUCCACCCGGUAUGCCAGGACUGGGACGCUCUCCGACGGCUCGAGUCGCCCUGGAGGAUGGCUUUGCCUCUCUUGUUGAUUUGGGCCUGGCGCCUUGCAGUCUGCUGACGCUGUCCUUUGAAGAAGACAUCGCCGGUGGUGGUGGACAAAGCGCGAGAACUGUCAACCUUCGCCCUGACCUUCUCCAAAAAAUGCAGCCCCUCUCCUAG